AUGCGUGUCCCCAGCGCCAUAUUGGCUGCGCUCUUACUGACAUAUGCUGCUUCUGCCUCAACAGCGGGGUUUCCACGUUCCACGGUGAACAAUUGGCACGAUACAAUGAGGUUUUUAAGGACCCAUGAGGCUCUCAAUACCGAGGAGAGAGGGAUCACUGUCCCUAAUGUUGAGAUGCUCCAGGGUUGGCUCAAGAAAGGUCUGCUCUCUGACGAAGCCGUAGGCCUACUAUCGCUCGGUAACAAGGCCGACAAUCUGCUUUCCGGUUCCCUAUUGAACGCUUGGGUGAGCUACAUCAAAGUAUUUAACAAGGAGAACCCUACGGAGAAGAUGCAAACAAUCUCGGCACUCACUGCUCGCUUUGGAGACGAAGCUCUCUCUACAAUGAUUGAAACAGCCAAGAGAAUGCCGUCAACGAAGGACGUCGCGAAUAAAAUCCAAACCAAGCAGAUUCAGCAUUGGAUGAAGGCUGGGAAGACCCCGAACGAUGUCUUUGUACUGCUGGAACUCAAUUCUGCCAAGUCGAUUCUGUUUGACCAGCCUGCAGUCAAUACGUGGCUGCGAUACCUGGACGAUUUUAGUGCGAGUAAGCCCGCAUCGCAGUACUCUACCAUCGCGACGUUAAGAACACUCUACGCCGAUGAUGAGCUGGCUAAAAUGAUUGUUAUUGCAUCUAGAAAUUCAAAGACUUCGGAAGCUGGUAAACGCGUGGAAACGGAGUUAUUGCGGACCUGGUUUAACGAAAUGAAGACCCCGAAGGACGUCUCUAGAAAUUCAAAGACUUCGGAAGCUGGUAAACGCGUGGAAACGGAGUUAUUGCGGACCUGGUUUAACGAAAUGAAGACCCCGAAGGACGUCUUAAGGCUACUGAACGCUCGAAACCAGAAGAAGUUUUCGUAUGCUUCAAUUUGGACCAAAUACGAUGACUUGUUCACGAAAGUGGAUCCCAAAUUUAAGACGGAUAUGCUGGAAGACUGGGUCAAAAAGGGGUUGAUCACGGACGACACCUUUAGAAUGCUGACUCUUGGCAACGCUGCUGACGAACUUCUCAAUGGCUCGUUAUUAAGUGCUUGGGCUACUUACAUCAAGGUGUUUAACCAGGAGAAUCCUACGCAGAAAAUGAACUUACUGGCGGCAUUGACCGCUCGAUUCGGAGAUGAAGCAGAGAAUCCUACGCAGAAAAUGAACUUACUGGCGGCAUUGACCGCUCGAUUCGGAGAUGAAGCAGUGGCUAUCAUGCUAGAAACAGCCAAGAAGAUACGGAAGACCAGAAGUCUUGCUGUUAGUAUCCAAACAGAGCAGAUCCGGCACUGGCUUCGUACCAAGAAACGUCCCGACGAUGUCUUUGUAUUGCUGAAGCUCGAAACUGCCAAGGCUCGACUUUUUGACCAGCCUCAAUUGAAUACGUGGGUGAGAUACGUAGACGCAUUUAACAACGCAAACCCGACGAGAUCAACGACUUUAUUCUCCGUUUUGAACGCGCGAUACUACGAUGAAGCUCUGGCUAAAAUGUUAGUCGUGGCAAAGUCUUCUGGUGGCUCAGCGGGAUCAUUAGCGAGUCGAAUACAAGCGGAACAGACAAGAUAUUGGCUGAGCGUUAACAGAACGCCGGGAGCGAUUUUCGAAAUGUUACAAUUGGAGACAUUAGGUACAAAUUUCUUAAAUCACCCGAUUUUUACCGCCUGGGUCAAGUACACGGACGAUUUCCGCAAGAAAAACCUCGGCACGCGCCUGUCUACGCUAACAACGUUGAGAGUAUACUACAGUGAUGCAACAUUGGCAAAGUUGUUUACUGAGGCGAGGAAAGUGACGAAAACUGCGAAGAUUGGUAGACGACUGGAAGCGGAAUUGUUACGGGAAUGGUCUCUCGCUGUUGCACCUCCAGCGCUGAUUUUCGAGCGGCUGAAACUUGGAAAUGGGGGUCAGAAGUUGUUUGAAAGUCCGCUGUUCACUAUGUGGACGAACUACAUCGCUAUGUUCAAGAAAGCGAACCCUCGAUACAAGGAUGAUCAACUUGCAACGUUGUUACGAUCUUAUGGACGCAGAGAGCUGACGUUGAUGCUCAUUUUGGCCGAGAAGGUGCCAAGCACGAAGGAUAUUGCUACGAAGUUGCGGGGACAGCUAUCUGGUCUAUAG